UAUGCACCAAUUCUUAAAGGAAAGUAAUGUUGACCAUGGAACAUUGAUUCUUAUAAGACAAAAGUUUCGUAAUACUAAAGCAUGCCGAUUCUUGUUCUAUUUCGUCUUCCUCUGAAUUCACUCUUCUUCAAUUUGUUCUUUUGAAACACAUCUCAUUUGUAUACACUGCAUACAACUAUGAGUUCUUGGAAAUGGCUUGCUUUCAUUUUCCUGAAUAUGACAUACCUUUUUGGUUACGUUAAAUCCCAGUGUGGAACGAAUGGUAAUUACACGAGUAAUAGCACUUACAGAGCUAACCUUAAUACCCUUCUCUCCUCCCUCUCCUCCAAUAUGGAUUCCAAUGGAUUCUACAACGCCUCCAUAGGAGAAAAUUCUGAUAGAGUUAAUGCCAUUGCACUCUGUAGAGGAGAUGUCCAGCUCGAUACCUGUCGUAGUUGUAUCAACAACGCCACGCUCUCUAUCUUACAAUCGUGUCCUUAUCAACAACAGGCGAAUUUUAGGGAUCCAAGUGAUUGGUGCAUGUUACGUUACUCUAAUGAGUACAUAUUCGGAACACUUGCAACUUCCCCUAUGGUUUAUCGUCGGAACUUAAACAAUGUCACAAGUCCAGAUGAUUUCUACCGGGAUUUGAGAACAUUGUUGGACGAUCUACGCAGCCGGGCGGCCAAUGGUGAUUCCCUCAAGAAGUUUGCUUCUGGGAAUAGGUCUGGACCAGAUUUCUUGACAAUUUAUGGACUUGUACAGUGCACCCCUGAUUUAACCUCGGAGGAUUGUAGUGAAUGCCUGAAUCAGGUUACCCAAGUGAUACCAGGGUGUUGUACUGGAAGUCCAGGAUUUGGUGCCUUCGCCCCCAGCUGCCUUCUUCAGUACGAAACCAAUUUGUUUUAUAAUGAUACUCCUCAGCUGGCACCACCAGCACCACCACCGCCGCCGCCAAUAUCAGCACCACCAGGAAAUGAUGAUAAUACAACUCGAACCAUCAUCAUAACUAUUGUUCCAAUUGUUGUUAGCCUAAUGCUUGCUCUUUGCAUUGGCGUCGUCCUAAGAAUGAGACAAAAGAGUAAACAACAAGAAAUAUAUAAAAGUGACAAUGAAAUUAGUACCGUUGAAUCCCUCCACUAUGACUUUGGUACAAUUAGAGCUGCAACAAAUAGUUUCUCUGACGCUAACAAGCUCGGGCAAGGUGGAUUUGGUAUUGUUUACAAGGGAACACUUCCAAGCGGGCAAGAAAUAGAUGUGAAAAGAUUGUCCAUGAAUUCAGGGCAAGGUGAUUUGGAAUUUAAAAAUGAGGUCUUGUUAAUGACCAGGCUUCAACACAGGAAUGUUUGGAAAAAUUGGCGUGAAGGAACAAUUGCUGAUAUAAUAGAUCCAGAACUGAGGACUUCUAGAUCCUUGCGUGAAAUUAUGCGAUGCAUUCAUAUUGGUUUGUUAUGUGUUCAAGAAGAUGCAGCUGAUAGGCCUACAAUGGCAGCAAUAGUUCUCAUGCUUACGAGCUUCUCUAUAACUCUACCAAUACCUUCACAGCCUGCAUUUUUUGUGUCUAGUAGAUUCGAUCCAGAAAUUUCACUUCUUCAGGAACACAAUUCAAUACCAUCAGAGGCCAUGGAAUCAUCAAAGAAUAGAUCAGGUAAUUCUACUGAUGCGUCUAUAAAUGAUAUCUCAAUGAGUGAUUUAUAUCCUCGGUAACUAACAAUAAUUCACAUAUUCAUCAUCACAAGUUAUUUUCCAUAUACUUUUGUUUUUAUUGCUAAAUUGGAAUUACCUU